UCCAAAAGAACUCAGUGCCGACCCCUCGAAUCAGAGGCACGGCACAACAAUUGGUGGCAGCGGUGGGAUCUGCUAACCGGACGGGAGGACGUCUUGCCAGAUCGCGCCUGCGAAAGGGAACGGAUCGUUAGACGGUGGUAAAGUAUCCCGGAGAGGAAAAGCCAGCCGGAUCCCGAGUGCGUGAAACAACGGCAGUAGCCCCGCGUGUUAUCAGCGACACCGGAGAGGCCUCGACCUACCGCACGGACUCGCCAGCCCGACGCAGCGACGCAGGGACGCAACAAGCCAGCGAAGCAGCGCAGCAGGGACGCGGCGAAGCAGACAACGCAGAAGCAGUGAAGCGGCCCUGUCAGACUCAACGCGGCAGAAAGCGGUCACGAUGCACUACGCGGCGGUACUGACACCGAUCAUCGUCUUGCACCUAGCGGGCGAAAUGUCAUCCGAACCGAUGCCCCCGUACGAGGUGACGUCAUUUAGCGACGAACCAGGAAUUUACUUUGAGAAAAUCGGGACAAUGCAACUACAAGAAAAUACAUGGAAAUUGGCUAUCCGAAUCGAGGUAGCAGCGUUUGCAAUAAGAUACCACCAGCUCCAACAUUACCUCGGACGAAUAAAAAAUUUAUGCGAUCGCGUAAAGGACGAUAACCGAGUCAUAUGUAAUAACAUACUCCGCAUAACCGAGGACGACAAUACGAAACUGACGCAACUGAUAAUACGACUGCAAACUAUUUACAAAGUACCGACGAGCCGACGCGGACUGUUAGACGCGAUAGGAACCAUAAGUAAAACAUUAUUUGGAACAAUGGACGCCGACGAUGAGAAACACAUACAAGAACAGCUAGAAUUAAUGCAAAACCAACAAAAUGUCAUGCGACACGCGGCGAAAAGUCAGAUUAAAAUUAUAAACGCGACGUUAGGACACAUGGAAGCGCUAGAGCAAACUAUUAACAAAAACGAAAACUUGCUAGCGAAUGUAACCAGACUAGUACAGGAACGAGUGUCGAAUUUAGCGCACCGCGAGGAAAUAGACGAACACCUGUUAGCCAUAACCGCGAUAAUGAACAAACUAAUAAACGAUGUAGAAGACGUUUUAGCGUACCUCACCUACUCUAAAAGCGGAAUAGUACUCGUACGACUACUUCCCCUCGAAAAUAUUAUAACCGAAUUGAGAGAAGCGACAACUCACCUAUCCCAAGGAGCUCACUUUCCUUUUAAAAUACAAACCGAGAAUUGGAAUAAAAUUCAGGAGUUUAUGGAAAUAAAUGCUUACUACGAUAACCCCAACGUAUACACAAUCCUGACCUUCCCUAUUGUCACAUAUCCAAAGUACGAAAUUAUAAGAAUAAACCCCCUGCCGGUACACGACCGUGAAAAUAUAUUUGUAAUACCGAAAACUACGUACGACCUACUAGCUAUUGAUAAAGAAAACCGAAAUUAUGUAACACUAAAAGAAGAUGAUUUGAAUAAAUGUAAACACUCCGGCACAACGUUUGUAUGUAACACGAACCAUCCGGUAUACUUCAUAACGCCGCAUGCACCCUGCGAGGUGCAGAUAUAUAUAAGAGCGGAAGAAGACAAUUGCGAGCGUCGCCACAUUCUCUCAACCGUAACAUUCUGGAUAACCUUAGCGGAGUCACAGGCAUGGUUGUUUUCUACACCGUACAAACAGAGUAUAACUAUUCAAUGCAACAAUCAAGGAGAACAUAAAAUCGACAUUAAUCGAACGGGAAGAAUCAAAUUAACUGACAAUUGCAAGCUAACCACGACAGACUUGACUCUACGAACGAAAAAACGAGACCACACGACGCACGUGCAAAUGCACUUACCACAAUUCAACUUAACCUUCAAACAAGUAACUACAGAUACCAAAAUCAACAACGAAAUAGCGACAGAAUUAAAAAUAGAACCG